AUGGUAGGUGGACAGACUUUUUGUAACAGAUCCUUGGUGUCUGAAUGGAAAACCCAGCCAACAGUACAUACAGUGAAAUGGUCACUGAGCCAAGACAUCUGCUCCAGCUUCUUCACAGAAUGUUGGAAUAUUGAUCCGUACCAUGGAAGCAGCACUGCAGGCAACGUGCCUCUGAGAUUAUCCCAGAUUUGUCCUCUGCAACUUCAGCUGGGGGAUCUGCUCUUUGUUUCACCGGAGCCAUCUUUUCAGUCUUAUGGCAUGAACCUGGCAAAUGUUUCCUUGGAAGGGUUUAUCCGAUGCCCUCAACCAAGAGAUGUCCAUCGGCAUCAGCUUCUAUUUGACCAUGGGUUAAGUGGGAUGCGUCAAAUUGUUCCGAAGUGGCUUGGCAUUGGAACACAUUACUUUGCAGAGGUCCCAAUACGAGGACCGCUUUUAUGCCAUUUUGGACUUCGAUUGAAUGUGACAGUGAAGCCACAGGCUUGUCAGAAGUUUCCAAACUCAACGUUUUGCUCAGGUCAUGGCAAAUGUUUAAGUCAUAUCUGGGAUGGAGCCUACCAUUGCCAGUGCAGUCAUCCCUAUUCUGGACAGUUCUGCCAAGAAAUUGAUAAGUGUUCCAGUAAACCUUGCCACAACAGUGGCAGCUGCAUUAGCAGAAAGAGCCAAAGAGAAGAUGUUGAAGAUUCCUAUGAAUGCAUCUGCCUCGCCUCAUUUACAGGAAGAAACUGUUCAGAAAUAAUUGGCCAGUGUCAUCAACAUUGUUGUGGCAACGGCAGCUGUAACAACAUUUCUCCAAAUACUUUUAGAUGCCGAUGUGAUAAAACUGCUACAGGUCCAUUUUGUGAAGAGACCGUGAAGCCGUGUAGUUCUCAGCCGUGCCAGAAUGAAGCUGUAUGCUACAAUAAUCCUUCCGGGUACAGUUGUCUCUGUCCUCCUGGAUUCCUUGGGCCCGAUUGUGAAACUGAUAUCAAUGAGUGUUUUUCUGGACCUUGCCAGAAUGGAGGCAUAUGUCACGAUCGGCCAAAUGAUGUGUCAUGUACCUGUUUGCCAAUGUUCACAGGUAAAUUCUGUGAAAAGAUGAUGACCCUUUGUGAACCUUCCCCCUGCCGAAAUAAUGGCAGUUGCAUAGAUGAGAUGGAGAGCUACCAUUGCAGCUGCAUGCCAAGCUACACUGGAAGAAACUGUGAAGACGUAAUUGACUACUGCAGGAUUCUCAGCAUCAGCUGUCUGAAUGAAGGAUUGUGUCUCAAUAUAAUUGGAGGAUUCAGUCAAGAAGAGAAAACCAAUUGCAUGUUUGACAACUGUAUGGUCUUCGUAAAGAAAAAUAAAUGCAACAAUUAUAUCAUUACCCCUUCAGUUACUCAGAUUAUGGGGAAGUGCAGCAGGAGAUUAGCAGGUGCAGCAAGAAGACAGCUGCCAAAUGGCUGUUAG